AUGACUGAAGAUGGUAACCUGCUUUUCAAUCCGUGCUUCUUCCUACUCUACCCAGAGAAAGUCUUGGAUAAGUAUCCACUUGACCCUCUCAAUAUGAAUGCGAUGGUCCCGGUGAAAGAUCCAGCUGACUAUGACGCUAUUUUGGAGGAGUACAACAAGGUAUGGCCAAAGGCAGACCCCCAAAAAUAUCCAACCAAAACGUACGUGGAACAGAUAUAG